GCCAAACCGAAUGUGCGAAUUAACCUCAGUAGGUAAAUGAAAUUAUCAUCUGCACCCCUUGGUACGAUGUCGUCAUGCAAAUUGGGUGCUGGGCCAGAAGCUCACGUGUCACGUGAAUUUUGUGCAGGAGGCCAACAAAAGAACGCCAUGGAAGAAAUCGCGAAAGCAAACGAGGUCUCAUCAAGCGGCCCGGAGCGUGCCGAUAGGGAAGGGGAUCAUCCCGGAAAGCUUGGAAUACCCGUAUAUUAAAUUUUCUUCAUCACGUGACUGUUAGUUGGUUUGUUUCACCCCCGACUUUACCGAGGGAUCGCCGAGAGACGGCUGCUAAGGGUUAGGUCCGGCCAUUUUUUCCCCUUGAAGCGUCCAGAGGGCGUUGGAAAAAACGCUGACGAGCGUAUAUAUUUCUUGCUAUUUCUCGCUUUUCUCUUCUUCUCCCUUUAAACCAUUAUCUCUACAUCAAUCAAAAUGUCUACUGUUUACUUCGACACCUCCAUUGACGGCCAAAAGUUGGGCCGUAUCACUUUCAAGUUGUACAACGACGUCGUUCCAAAGACCGCUGAAAACUUCCGUGCCUUGUGUACCGGUGAAAAGGGUUUCGGUUACGCUGGUUCCGUCUUCCACAGAGUCAUCCCACAAUUCAUGUUGCAGGGUGGUGACUUCACCCGUGGUAACGGUACCGGUGGUAAGUCCAUCUACGGUGAAAAGUUCGCUGACGAAAACUUUGCCAAGAAGCACGACAGACCAAACUUGUUGUCCAUGGCCAAUGCUGGUCCAAACACCAACGGUUCCCAGUUCUUCAUCACCACCGUUCCAUGCUCUUGGUUGGACGGUAAGCACGUUGUCUUCGGUGAAGUCGUCGAAGGUGCUGACAUUGUCAAGAAGAUCGAAGGUUUCGGCUCUAACUCUGGUUCCACCAGAGGUAAGAUCACCAUCGACGCUUCCGGUGAAUUGUAAAGUUAUCGGUCCGUUUUCCUGACCAAACUUUGAGUAGCCCCUAUGCAAUAAAAGAAUGUUUUAGUUUAUGCUGAAAAUACCUAUGUAGAGCUCGCAAAUCCCGAACGUGUUGCUAAACAACGAUUGAGGAGAUAGGCGCCCUUUGAAGCGUACUACCUGGGUGAUCCAUUAGAACUGUGUGUGUAGAGUUACCCAAAUCCCGCAAAGCAGUAUCGAUAAACGAAGUGUCACCUUGGAAGGUCGAGGAAUACCUAUAAAGAGAAGCUAUCUUGAAU